AUGUCUGGCGGCUCGGUCGACCAACCCCCAUCAUAUCAACCUCAAAACGCCCGGCUAUCGGAAGACGCUACCGACGAUGAGAACAGUACGAAUAGUAAGGGUAAGAACGUCGACAGUGGGAGUAUGCAGAUUUCCGGCGCGCCCGUCAUGGUGACAUGGCCCAGCGAGGGCAAUCCUAAGUCUCUGGCCAGUCUCUGGAGUUCAGGUCACGAGCGGAUCUGUUUGCGACUUCAUCACGAUGUACUAUCCAACGACGCCUUCUGCCAAAUACGUGCCACCAACAUAGCCCUCAAGGGGAGAAAGGACAAGGUUUCCGUCUUCCUCUCGAUUCACUGGGAAACAGUUCGGUCACUUGUGAUCGCCAGCAGUGACGACGAGAUCGGCUUGCUCGCAGCAACAAGGUUGGGCACCAGCGUCGUCGGACUCCAGUUUUCACUGCAGAGGCCACCAGCACUCGUUGUGCCCAAGGGCGACUGUACGCCAAGGCAAAGGACGACCGGGGAGAUUCUCAACUCGCUCCAGAGCCUGGCGAAGGAGGUCGUCUUCACAGUCUACCUGCCGGCAGCUGAAGCAUCCCAGGCUGGGCUGGAGGCGUUGUGCCAGGUAGCUUCGUCCGGCCGUCUACGAUCCAUAGAUAGACUGUAUGAGGUGACGAGCCUGUAUGGCGGCAAGGGCGGCCACGUCAUCCAACACGAGCGUCGACCAAGUGGAAGCGACGGGUCGUUACCACCGAAUGAACCGGCUCUGCCACCGCCAUCUGACGCAGACGAGGAACCUCCUCCGUCGUACGAAGAAGCCGGCCCAAGUGCCAGCCCUGGUCAUGCCGCACCUGGAUCACAAAAAUGUGGAACCAAACGACGACGGGUAAGCUCCGGUUCCAAUUCGGAGCGCUGCUCUCACAAGUGUGUCAGCGCGGCCCAGAUGGAAGCCAUGUGCAGCAAAAUCCUGCAGCGUAUAGACCAGGGCUUCAGCCAAAUACAUGCGCGCUUGGCGCCGAUAGAGCGGCGUUUGGCCGAACUGAAUCCGACGGUGCAUUCGUGUGCCGACCCGCUAGAAACGGGCACGCAUGAGGCCCACCUGCGCACGAGCAAGGAGGCCGAAGACCUGCGCCACGACCUGGAACAGGGCCUUGACGACGUGCGGCGAGAGCUCGAACAGGGCCUUGACGACGUGCGGCAAGACCUGGAACGGGGCCUUGAUGAUGUGCGGCAAGAGCUCGACGAUAUCAUCUCGGUUCGCAUCGAGGACGAGGUAUAUACAGCGCAGCAGAACCUCGAGGACCACGUCCGGGACGCCAUGAGGGAGGCGACGGAACAGGUCGAGGAGAAGGUUGUGGAGCGGCUGAGCUGCGCCAGCGUUUCCAUCUCGUUUGGAUAA